AUGACCGACAUCACGGCGGCCGGUGGCGACCCGCCGCGCGCGCCGGUGGACCUCGUGACGGUUCUCGAUGUGAGUCAUAGUAUGAGCGGGCAAAAAUUGACGCUGUUGAAGCAGGCCAUGCGGUUCGUCAUCGCCAAUCUCAGCCCCGACGACCGCCUCUCCGUCGUGUCCUUCAACAUGAAGGCGCGCCGGGUGACCAGGCUCGUGCGCAUGUCGGAGGCCGGCAAGGCCCUGUCCGUGAGCGCCGUGGAGUCCCUCACGGCGGGCGGCUGCACCGACAUCGCCGAGGGGCUCCGUAUGGCAGCCAUGGUACUCGACCAGCGCCGACACAGGAAUGCCGUCUCGAGCGUCAUGCUCCUCUCCGAUGGCCAGGACAACUACAUCAUGAUGAGGCACCAGGAGUCGUCCGGCGUCCAGGCCAACGACUACGAGGACCUCGUCCCGACCACCUUCACGCGCACGUGUGCUGACGGUGAAUGGUCAGUGCCAAUCCACACUUUCGGCUUCGGCAAUGACCACGACGCGGCCGCGAUGUACAUCAUCGCCGAGGCUACAGGCGGCACGUUCUCGUUCGUCGAGAACGAGGCGGUGAUCCAGGACGCGUUCGCACAGUGCGUCGGCGGGCUGCUCUCUGUCGUGGUCCAGGAGGCUCGCAUCGUUGUCGCGUGUGUGCACCCCGGGGUCCGUGUCAUGUCGCUCAAGUCCGGCAGUUACGAGAGCCGCAUCGACAAGGAUGGCCGCGCCGCUACGGUCUGGGUCGGGGAACUAUACGCUGAUGAGGAGAGGCAUUUCUUGCUGAUCCUGACCGUGCCAAGAGCCGAAGCGACAGUCGGUGACACCACCGCUCUGUUGAAUGUGUCAUUCAGCUACAGAGAUGCGGCGACCGGCGCGGACGUGAGCGUGUCGGCCAAGGAUACAGUGGUGGCGAGGCCGGAGCACGCGGCGGACGCGGAGCGGUCGGUGGAGGUUGAGUGGGAGCGUGUCCGGGUAGAUGCGGCCGAGGACAUCGUGGCGGCGAGGGCAGCAGCUCAGCGGGGCGAGCACCAAGAGGCGGCGGCGAUACUCAAGAACCACCAACGUGCAGUGGCGCUGUCAGAGGCGGCGCGCGACGGCGCCCCCGUGACCGUGGCGCUAGAGGCCGAGCUGCAGGAGAUGCGCAGGCACGUGUCGAACCGGCAGAGCUACGCGCUGUCGGGUAGGGCGUACAUGCUCUCCGGCAUGAGCGCACACCAGCAACAACGCGCUACCUCGAGGCAGAUGAAUCUGGUGGAUGAGAUGUCGGUGGAAUCUGUGGCCGCACCGGCGGCGGCGCCGCCAGUAAAGUUGGCAUCGAACGAGCCGACAUUGUCGUACGCGACACCGGCUAUGCGCGCCAUGCUGCUGCGCUCGCGGAGGGCACGGGAGGCAUCAGCCGAGGGCAGAAGCUACAAGCUGAAGAAGAAUAUGCAGGAGGCUCCGAACACGGUCAGCCUACGCCACCACUGA